AUGAACACAUCAAUCGCUCAAUCCAAAACCAAUCUCAUUGACGAAUAUGGUCUCAUUGGAUUAUUAGCAGCAAUAUUCGUAACUAUUACCACAAGUAUUAGUAUCUUCGUAAUAGCAUUAGUCUGGAGCAACAAAUCACGUUUGCACACAGUCAAUCAUUUAUUGGUGUGUAAUACAUGCAUAGCAUCGAUGUUAUAUGGCGCCACAGUCAUCAAUAAUUUCGCAUAUUUAAUAUUCGGACAAUGGGGAAUGACUAUGACUUCUUGUCGGCUGCAAGCUUAUUUCGGAUAUAGUGGUAUUGCUGGCGUGAUUUAUUCAUAUCUGACCCAAGCUGUCUCGCGAUUCUUCUUUUCUGUUUUAUCGAUGAAAUACCGAUGGUUAACAACAUUCAAAACGCAUUUCAUUCUUAUUGCUAUCAAUUGGAUUACUGUUUUCUUACUUACAUCACCAGCAAUUAUUACAAAUGAUGUUACAUUUACAUUUGGGUCUAUAUGCUGGGUACCCUUACGAAAUCGAAUACACACUGGUUAUACAGCCUUUGCCUAUUACUUAUUACCAGUCAUUGUAAUCAUUUUGAUCUAUAUUUGUAUUUAUGUUCGUGUUCGUCGAACGACGAAGAACAACCAAAGUAUUGCCAAUUCGGAAAAUAGUCAAAAACGCGACCUUGAACUUCUUCGUUAUAUUCUUAUACUUCUCGCACUUUAUCUAGCUGGCGGUCUACCAACGAUUUUCUACAUGGUAACAUCGGUUGAUCUUAUCUACUAUAUUAGUAUGGUUUCUCCGUCGUUUAUGCUGAUUGUCGAAAAAAUAUGUACGAUUUUCUUAGAUCGAGAAAUUCGGCAAAUUGUGAAACGAUUCUGUUGCCGAUCAACAAUUGUACAACCGUUCAAUGCCUCAACUACAGGUAGAACAGGAACAUUAACUAUGCAACAAACUAUCAGACAAGUCAAUGUUCAAAAAAAGACCGUUAAAUAG